AUGAACGACGAUAGUGCAAAAUUAACCAAAGAGCAAUGCGAGAAAUGGCAGGAGACUUUUCUUACGAUUAGCUGCGAUAAAUUGAGCGAGAAGAAAAGGGAAGAUUACUUUAAAAUGGAAUGCGUCGAGCCCCUGUUUCUCUGCGGCCAAUCUUCUAAGUGUCCUAACUCGACUUCGCCGCUUCAAGAAUAUCUUUCACUGCACUUCCAAGACGAUUGCUUUAACGCUACUGCGGAAGAAGAGGGACAGAUCAAAGCUAAGAUCCUAGAAAACUACGGAGGCUGCGAUCAAUUCAACGCAUCACUUCUUGAGCCCUGUCGAUCCAGCUCCGAAUCAGCUCAUUUGACGAUGGCACCGUUUUUCAUGCUCUUUUUCAUGCUGUUUCUAUUUAAAUAA